AAUCCCGUUAAGUAUAAUCCGGAAUGAUCUCGGACACCACAAAUACCCCCUUUUGGGGACCCACGACCGCGAAUUCAAAUUUCUGCGAAGAGGACUACGUGAUAACGCGCUACAUCGCCGAGUUCAUUAACACAUUGACCAAUCUCUCCUACAUUCUCUACGCAAUCUAUGGCCUCCGUCGCCUCCACGCAAAACCAAAUGUCCAUGUCUUCCGCCUCUUUCCUUACUGGGGUCUCAUGGCCGUUGGAAUCUGCUCUGCUGCUUUUCAUAUUAGUAUGAAGUAUCAUACCCAGAUGAUGGACGACCUCUCCAUGCUCUUCGCCACCACGCCGGUUCUGCACCGCGUGAUCACAGUGCAUUCUAGUCAUCGGGACUCGGUCAGGAUGGCUGUUUUUCUGGGGACCUUGCUCAGCGCGCUAGUGGUUUAUCAUGUUCUUACUGAUGAGUUGAUCUUCCAUUCUGUGUCGUUUGGCGUCAUGGUUGUUAUUAUCGGCCUCAGGACGAUGCAGUUGAUUGGUGCGAGGACGAAGGCUGGGUCUGAGUCUAGGAGGAAGGUUUGGGGCGUUGUGAGGUUUGGUGCAGUGAUAUUCAACGCCGGCUACUAUCUCUGGUUAAUCGACAACUGGACCUGCGGGAUUUUGAAAUCCUGGAAAGAGACGAUUGGGCUGCCUUGGGCGUUUGUGCUGGAGUUGCAUGGGUGGUGGCAUAUCUUUACAGCUAUGGGCGCGUAUAUCUUUAUUGCUGUUGUGGAUCAGCUGGUUUCGGGUGACGACCUUGAGGGUCUCGAGAGGGAGUUGGCCUGGCCUGCGCCGUGGGCUGCGACGUCGGCCUUCGCGGGGAGGAAGAGUGUCGAGGAGAAGAGGGAAUGAGUGGAGCCAUGUGUGCAUUUAUGGUUUUAGAUGAAUGAGUUGAUGGUUAGUAUUUGAUGCUUAGGGCUAGUCUCUGUUAUAGAUGCGUUCGUCUAGUCCAGUUACAUGGUGUUGGGUUUGAGGUUGCCAGGACAAG